AUGAUUACCCCCAAUCUAAUUUCAACCAAAGAACCUAAAUUUGCACCAGAAGUGCUGAAAGGCAAGCUGGGCUGUGUAUCUCUCACGGAGGCGGACGUCGUCAGUACCAUGAAUGUUCAAAGGGUGGCAAAGGGAGCACCAUUUUUUGCAAGGCACAUAGUGGUGGGAAACGUUGCUCGUUUACAGGGUGCACUAAAGACGCUGAAGAAAGCAACCCAAUGUGGAAUCAGACUAUUAAGAAGAAGAUUGGUUCAGGGUUUUACAGAAGAACAGAAGAACACGUGUGAGAAGACGAUUGAGAAGUUUCCAGUUUAG